AUGAUAAAUAAUAAUAAUACAAGUACAACAACAACAACAACAACUUUAAAUAAUAAUCAAAUUCAAAAGAAUAAUACUUUUAAUAAUAAUACUAUAAAUAAUAAUCAUUUCCAUUUAAAUAAUAAUAAUAAUCAUAAUCAAAAUAAUAAUAAUUUAUCAUCAAUAUCAACAAAUAGAUUAAAUUUAAAUUUAUCUAAUAGUGGUUCAGCCUUACCAUUAACUACUUCAAAUAGUUCAUUGCAUAACCACCAAACUCAUAACAAUAAUUCAAUAAAUAGCAUAUUAGAUUUACCAUUCACUCCUUUAAUUUCAACUCAAAGUAGUCGAGAAUUUUCAUUUGCAUUACCACAACCAAUACAACAACCUUCGCAACAACAACAACAACAACAACCUCAACAACAACAACAACAACAAAAUCCUUUUAAAUCAAAUUAUAAAUUACAAUCAUCAACUGAAAAACAUUCAUUAUCUUCAUCAAUAUCAUCAUCUACUACAUCAUCAACAACAUCAUCAUCUUCUUCUACAAAUAAUACUUCAAAUACAAGUUUAAGUUCAAUAGAUUCCUUAAAUUCAUAUUUAAAUAAAGAUAUGACAUUUAAUGGAGUUUCAUCAAAUACUAGUAUAAAAACAACAAAUAACGGAGGUAAUAAUAUAUAUUUACAACCACAACAAACAUCAGAAUUUUAUAAUAUAUCAUCAACAAAUCAACAACCACCCCCACAACAACAACAACAAAAUACAAUAAUGCCUACAAUGAUUCAAAAUGGUGCUUCAUCAAAUCCUCCAACUACAAAUCAUUUAAUUAGUUCAAAAUUUUCAAAUAAUGACAUUCAAAUAUUAAGACAAUUAUUAAUUUCAGGUGAAAAACAUAAAUGGAAACAAAUAACAAAAGAAAUUAAUUCAAGUGCAAAUCAUUCAAAUCAUAUAAUACAAGCCAUUAAAAAAAAUGAAGAAAGAUUACGUACAUCACCACAACAACAACAUCAACAACAACAUAAUAAUUUAAAUUUACCACAUUUAAAUCAUCAUCAUCAUCAUCAAGGACAAAAUCUACAACUACAACCACCUCAAUUUUCAUAUAUGCAUCAACAACAACAACAACAACAACAAUUACCUUCUCCUCAACAAAUACCGCAGAUCAAAAAAUCUUCGAAUAAUCAACAAAUUUCAACUAAUAUACCUUUAAAAAAUGUAUCACCUACUUUUGUUGCAAAACAAUAUACUCAAUUAUUAGGUUUCCCGAAUAAUCUGAUAUAUUUUGGCUCAUUAGGUUCUAGUUUACCUUAUGUUGUUGCAGCUAAUGGAUGGAAUGAUAUUGAUCGUGAGGCUUAUAAUUAUCCUUUUAAUGAUGAUGAUAGUGAUUAA